AUGAAAAUUUGUAUAAUAUUUGUGGUUAUAUCGUUGGCUGCUUUUGCCGAGGCUUCGGGACGUGGCAGAAGUCAUAGUGUGACUUGGGGAGCCAGGACCUUCAGGGACAUGCAUUUGCGAAGGGAGAUUGUCACGGAAAAGUCCAAGUUUUUGAGAGUGGUUACGCGUGAUUGGACUUUUAAGCAAGAGAAAUACAAGCGUACCAUCACCCAAAUUGUAAUCACGGACCAGGUUAGGGAUGGUAAUGGUGGCUAUGCCUAUUUAACGUCUGGCGGACCCCAAAGCUCUUAUGCCAAAAUCCAUUUUAAGAGUCAACGCAACCAGGGUUUCAGCUUCAUUGUUGACAUUUAUGGAAUUUAA